CAGCGUUCUUAAACAUCAGCAAUGCCCGCGACUUAGCCUUCGAAUUGAAGAACACCCUGAAAUGGCGUCAGUAAUUCCUUCUCGAGAGGCUUUGGCCCUCCUUCGACACUCCAUCCACCUGUCGUUCCGCCCACGACCUCAUUGUCUCCGCCAGCGGCACUACGUCAGACGUAUCGCAACUUUCACGCACUCUCACCAUGCAGAAGCUGUAUCUAUUUUACCGACAGCGGUAGAUACCAGCUCUGCCGACUUCCAGGAAAACAAGAGACAAAUGGAUGAAGCCAUGGUGCGGUUGACAUCUUUACAUUCGAAGAUCGCACUCGGAGGACCACAAAAGGCGCGAGACAAGCAUGUACAGCGUGGAAAAAUGCUGGUUAGAGAUCGUAUAACGUCUCUCAUUGACUCCGGAACUACAUUCCUUGAGUUCUCGCAGCUUGCGGGAUACGGGAUCUACGGAGAAGAUGUUCCCGCCGGUGGCAUCGUUACUGGUAUUGGCACCGUCUCGGGCGUAAACUGUGUCAUUGUCGCAAAUGAUAGCACAGUAAAAGGAGGAACAUACUACCCUAUUACUGUAAAGAAGCAUCUCCGAGCGCAGUCCAUCGCGCAGGAAAACCGUCUUCCAUGCAUCUAUCUUGUGGAUUCCGGCGGUGCGAACCUUCCUCAUCAAGCCGAUGUGUUCCCAGACAAAGAGCACUUUGGACGCAUCUUCUACAACCAAGCGCGCAUGUCAAGUAUAGGGAUUCCGCAGAUCUCCGUUGUCAUGGGUCCGUGUACAGCAGGCGGUGCAUAUGUGCCUAGUAUGAGCGAUGAGAGUAUCAUCGUACAAGAGCAGGGCCACAUUUUCCUCGCUGGGCCUCCGCUUGUGAAGGCUGCAACAGGCGAGGUUGUUACUGCCGAGGAACUUGGGGGUGGGAAGCUGCAUAGUCAGAUUUCGGGUGUUACGGAUUAUUUGGCUGUGGAUGAUGCACAUGCACUUGUGCUUGCGAGAAGGAGUGUUAGCAACCUCAACUGGCACAGCAGCCUCUCCUCAACACGCUCAACGUUACCAACGUUUCAAGAGCCACUGUAUGAUCCGGAAGAGUUGUCAGGGGUUGUGGGAACAAACCUACGCCGCCAAAUCCCCGCCCAUGAAGUUAUUGCCCGCAUCGUCGAUGGGUCCUCGUUUGCUGAAUUCAAACCUAGCUACGGCUCAACGCUCGUCACUGGGUUUGCGAAGAUUUACGGUCACCCCGUCGGUAUCGUUGCAAACAACGGAAUCCUCUUCUCUGAGAGCUCGCUAAAAGGCGCACACUUUGUCCAGUUGUGCGGGAAGAGACAUAUUCCAUUGAUUUUCCUGCAAAACAUCUCUGGCUUCAUGGUUGGAGCUGAUGCCGAAAAGGGAGGCAUAGCUAAGAACGGUGCAAAGCUAGUUACUGCCGUGAGUUGUGUAGAAGUACCAAAGUUUACUGUGGUCUUUGGAUCGAGCGCUGGGGCUGGAAAUUAUGGGAUGUGCGGCCGUGCCUACUCUCCCCGCUUUCUCUUCACCUGGCCCAACGCGCGCACUUCGGUCAUGGGGGCAGAACAGCUGUCCUCCGUCAUGGAGGCAGUCGGAAGACAAGCAGACCCGGAACUCAAAGCAAGAAUCGAACGGGAAAGCGAGGCUACAUUUGGCUCCGCCCGCCUCUGGGACGAUGGAAUCAUCCCUCCUGCACACACACGAAAAGUCCUCGGACUAAGUCUACAGGCAGCAAUGGGCGGGCAAUACACCGAGAAAGAGACGCAGUGGGGCGUCUUCAGGAUGUAGUUGCAGUCGUAUGCACAGAGUAUUAUGCCUAGAGUCAGCCUUAACGAGAGAAGAUGUCGGAUGAUGUCUUACCCUAAUAUCCGGUUCAUCUCCAACGCGUGACAUCAAUUUGCACAUAGAUUCAUGUCCCCAGCCGUUGGCGCUUACCCAAAUCGUCUUAGCCAGGGGCAAGCUUUGCGAGUUGAAGCUUGAAUCUUGCAUUGGCGGCUUGCAUCAAGCCAUCGAAUCUGGGCCAACAUCAACCCUCCUUCAACCUUGACAAUUUGCGAUUCUUUCAAGGUGUCACAGUGAAAGCGGC